UAGAAGCAUCUAGAUCUUCUUGAGUACAUACUAGAAACAAUAAUGGCAUUUCUCAGGUCCAUGGCCGUAGCUGCUGCCACAGCUCUUCCAGUUCCCGCUGCCUUGGCUCUCUAUUCAUCUCCUUCUUUGUCCUCUUCACCUUCGUCUAAGAUAUAUAAGUCUUCAGGCUUUGCGCCUCUUUCAUCGAAUUCACUUUUCAGACUGGACCGUUUAGGUCUCGUCAAGAGUCUCGCGAGCCCUCCCUCUGCUCUUCACAUGGACGCUCCGUUAUCCGACCACAAACCGUCUCAACAGAACGAUGCCAUAUUGCCCGAGUUACUGACAGAGUAUAUGGUGGAUAUGAAGUGUGAGGGAUGUGUAAAUGCCGUCAAGAAUAAGUUGCAGACUGUUAACGGUGUUAAGAGUAUUGAAGUGGAUUUGAGCAAUCAAGUGGUUAAGGUUUUUGGUUCGUCGCCUGUAAAGAGCAUGACUGAAGCUUUGGAGCAGACUGGCCGUAAAGCCCGAUUGAUCGGCCAAGGGGUCCUUGAAGAUUUUCUGGUUUCUGCCGCUGUUGCUGAAUUCAAAGGUCCCAAUAUUUUUGGCGUGGUUCGUUUGGCUCAAGUGAAUAUGGAAUUGGCUAGAGUUGAAGCUAGUUUUAGUGGCUUGUCUCCUGGUAAACAUGCUUGGUCUAUUAAUGAAUUUGGCGAUUUGACAAGGGGUGCAGCAAGCACUGGGAAAGUGUUCAAUCCAACAAAUGGAAUGUCUGACAACAAGCCUAUUGGCGACCUGGGAACAUUAGAUGUUGAUGAAAAGGGGGAGGCGUUCUUCUCAGGGGUUAAAGAGAAGCUGAGAGUUUCUGAUCUCAUUGGCCGAUCUCUUGUGGUGUAUGGAACUGGAGAUAAGUCGGAUCCGGGGCUGACCGCUGCUGUAAUAGCUAGAAGUGCAGGGGUUGGUGAGAAUUAUAAAAAGCUUUGCACCUGUGAUGGCACCACCAUUUGGGAAGCAACUAACACUGAUUUUGUCACCAGCAAGGUUUGACGGCUAUACUCUCCUCAGAACCAAUCAAUUUGUAUAAUCUGUAUACACUUUGUAUACCUUAGAAAUGAAAUGUGUAGCCACUCCUCGUGACCGGUAUGCAGCUUGUUGGCUGCACUACGCCAUUUCCACAUUCGUAGCUGUAGUGUAGUGUAGGUGGGAUUCAAGCUCGUAGCUGUAGUGUAGUGUAGGUGGGAUUCAAGCCCCGGUGCGAAAAAACUGAAGAGAGGAGUUUUGUCCAAUAACACGUUUUGCUACAGGCAUCUUUUGUUUGUGAAAGCUGUUCAUUUAAAUAAGAAUGCUGCCUCCAAUAUAAACAUGAUUAAUGGUGAUGUUUUUAAAAUUGAUAGGUGAUUUCGUUUUUCAAACAAAAUAAAUAAAAAUGAU